CCGGUUUCCAGCUUGACCUUCACAACGACGUCCGAUCAUACACACAAUGGACCCAUCAUCCUCGGACUGGGUCUGGUAUCCCGACCAAGGAGCCUACUAUUCGGCCCGCUCACAAGCCUACGCAAGGCCAGGACCGAACGGGUGGGAAUACUUUCCGAUCGAUACCAGUGCCGUUGGACAGACACAGGUGCAGCCAGGAUCAACAAUACCUGGGGAUGAGAAUCGACGGACCAGGGUCGAUUAUUCAGAUCUUGAGCAGGACAAGUCGAAGGACGUGGACAAGGAGCCGCAGGGGACGACGCAGGAGGAAGAAGGAGGGGGGAUAGGGAAUGUAGGAUGGGGUCUGGAUUUCGUCCUGCCGGGGGAAGAGCCUCCCAACAUCCCCCAAAAAGGUGUCCGAUCGGUCAAUGGGGACACGACAGGGAAAGCAGCAUCAACAUCCGAUGAUAUUGCCGGACCUUCAGGCCCUACGGUAAAUCCUAAAUCGAUCCCUGGAACAAGCAAUGCCGUACCGACGAAACACGCCAGCACCCUUCGUCUCGUCAAGAUCGAGUCUCCCUCUACCUCUUCCUCUACCACGAGUCCAUCCUCGUCUUCGCCACUGGCGACGACAGAGACGCUUGCGAUCCUCGACGCUCGACCGUCAGGGUACAUCCUCGGUAGAGAUAAACACCUCUCCCUCCCCGUCCUUCGGCUGAAGGAACUGGCCGUGAGCAAGAUCCACGCGGCGGUCUGGUUCUGGAUCGUAGAUUGCGGGUCGACGCAUGGGACCUUCCUCCAAAAUUCCACGGACGGAGCCAAAGGGGAUCCUCAUCGACUGUCUCCCGCUCGUACUCCGUCAUCACCGUUCCCCCUGAAACACCUGGACCGGCUCACCAUCGGGUCAACUACGUUUGAAUGCCAUCUCCACCCAGACUGGCCUUGCGAACAUUGCGCAUUAAACGAUCCUAGCUCGGUGAUCCCUCUUACGGAUCCCGAAGAGAGCGUCAAGGCUACAACUUAUACCUCUGCAGGGACCGCCGCAGCUGGGUCUGGCUUGUCGGCAUCGGCAGCGGGGAUCCCGACGGUCCCUGGCAACUGGAAAGAGACGGAAGAGAGGAGGAUCGCGCUCACGGCGGAAGCGAAGCGGGCGGAUACGCACAGACGGAGCGCUCUUGCGAUGAAGAAGCUCAGGGAGAGUUACUUUGGUGGCAGCGGUGGUGGAGGCGGUACGAGCUCGGGUGGGGAGGAGAAGACGGGUGCGGCGACAGGUGGGAAACGGAAAUGGGAGCACAAGAGGGAAAGCGACGAAGGGUGGAAGAAGAAGCGGGGCGGGGAUGCGGCUUGA